AUGACAAACUUCAUACAAUUGUUAAUUGGUAUUACAUUGGUAUUAACAUUUGACUGUUUAAUUAACAUAAACAGUUCACCUAUUGAUGGACCACCAGUUGUUGUUGAUCUGACCAUUGGAAAUACCAAUGUAGGAAAAGAUCAUAAAUGUACUAUCGAUAUACAUUGCAAUGGUCAUGGACAAUGUCGUCUAAAUGAAACAGGCUGUGAUUGUGAUCGAGGAUGGAUUACAUAUGACAAUCGUGCUGAUACGAAUAAAUACUGUGAUUAUCAACAACGUUCGAAAAAAUUAGCUUUUUUUCUUUCAUUAUUUCUUGGUUUUUUUGGUAUCGAUUGGUUUUAUCUUUCACGUGGACAUCUAGGAUAUAUUGUUGUUGGUCUAUUAAAAUUAUUAAUCGGAUGUGGAUGUUGCAGUGCAUGGUCUUUAACAUAUUUUCGACAAGAAAUUCAAAAUACAGAAUCAGUCAAAACAAAACUUAACGGUGUUGGUAUAUUUUUUAGUUUAAUUACAUUUGUAUGGUGGAUUGUCGAUUGGGCACGUAUUUUAGGCAAUAAAUUUCCUGAUGGACGAGCAGUAGGACUUAUUCCUUGGUAA